AUGGCCACAGAUUACAAGUUUGAGGGCUGGGCGGCCCAUGACCCAGCCGCCGUCGAGGGAAAGAUGGUGUGGCAGGAGAUCAAGCCCAAGGCGUGGGAGGAGAACGACGUGGACAUCCAAGUUACGCACUGCGGCAUGUGCGGCAGCGACCUGCACUUCCUGCGCAACGGCUGGGGCAACACAACCUACCCGCUGACGGUAGGCCACGAGAUCGUCGGCAAGGCGGUGCGCGUCGGCAAAAACGUGAAGCACAUCAACGUCGGCGACCGCGUCGGCGUCGGCGCCCAGGGCGACAGCUGCCUGAGCCGCUUCGGGGCUUGCCACGAGUGCGAAGAUGGCGAGGAGAACUACUGUGAUAAGAUCGUCAACACCUACGGCGCGCCGCACUUCAACGGCGACAUAGGCCAGGGUGGCUACUCGACAUAUCACCGUGCGCCUGCGCACUUUGCCGUCAAGAUCCCCGACGGCCUGGAGUCGAGCCAGGCGGCACCAAUGCUCUGCGGCGGUGUUACUGUGUUUGCGCCGCUCAAGAACCACGGCGUCAAGGAGGGUAUGACCGUUGGUGUUGUUGGAGUUGGCGGGCUUGGCCACUAUGGUGUUAUGUUCGCUAAGGCCAUGGGAGCCAGGGUCAUCGGUAUCUCCCGCCGCGCAAGCAAGCGCGACGAGGUUCUCAAGCUCGGCGCGGAUGACUACAUCGCGACGGCCGACGAUGCCGACUGGACCACCAAGCACGCCCGGAGCAUCGACCUCAUUAUCUCGACAGUGGCUUCAUCCAAGGUGCCUCUCACCGAGUACCUGACGCUGCUGAAGAAGGGCGGCAGCUUCUGCCAGCUCGGCCUCCCCGACGACGGCGCGUUCCAGGUCUCCGGCGCUGCUGUGGUCUUUGGCCGCACCAAGUUCGAGGGCUCGCUGAUCGGGUCCCCGCAGGACCUGCGUGAUAUGCUGGAGUUCGUCACGGAGAAGAACAUCAGGGGUCUUAUCCAGGAGCGCCCCAUGAAGGACGCCAACCAGGCUGUGGUCGACCUGGAAGAUGGCAAGGCUCGGUACCGUUACGUCCUGGUCAACGAGAGCGCUUAA